AUGAACUGGAACGCCAUCCAUUUACAGGAAGCUCGGCGUGAGUAUGGUGCUCCGCCUUGCUACCCUUCGCAUAUGGAUGGCAUCAUAGAGGAGGCUAAGCUGUCUACAGAGGCGGACCUUCUUCACAAAAACAGAAGGAAUGGCCACAUGCUACUGAAUCUCGUCGAGUCACUACAAGAGGAAGAGGACAAACUACACGAAACGAUGGCUCCACACCUUAAGCGAUUAUAUGAGGGCAAGCGCUUUCUGCUUCUCAAGCGCUUGCUACAUAUGGCAGCAGAUGCUCACCCCACCUUGGCAACAGUCAGAGGCCUCGUGGUCAACAUUGUUAGCAAGCUCGUCUCAGGUUUUCCCACUAUCGGCAAUAUUGAACCGACAGGCUUUUGGACAGCCUUGACCGCUGACAAGAUCCAAGCACAGCUACAACGAGAACAAGAAGCAUUAUCGCGCAACAAGAAGCCUCCCACCAAGCACUGGGCCUCAGAACAAGACAUUCUGGAAAUGGAUAAGCAGAUGCAGGACAUGGUUGCGUCAGGCAGAUGGUUGCAUAUUUCGCAAGAUGACCUGACUUCCGCCGGCGCGUCAAUUGCUUUCCCAGUACAUAAAUACGACAAAAUCAGACGUUGCAUCGAUUUCCGACAUCAAAGCGACCUGAUGACCACGUCGGAGCGCAUGCGUCUGCAUGGGAGUAGGGUGGCCAUGCAUGUCGCAACCCGAUGCAUUUCUGGCAAGCGUAAACCGCCACACCUCUUUCGUUUUAAGAAUGAUAUCCAAGCAGAAAUUACGCAGGAGCGCGAUCUACUUAAAAUUGUAGAAGAGAACGAGGCAGCUCGCGCGCAAUCGGAUAAUGUCUUCGAUGCUGAUCCUUACGAAAACUGGCACGGUGAUUCGUACAGUUUUAUUCCAGUCUCUCAAAAGCGGGACCUGGAGCAGUUUUACUACCAGUGCGGAGUAAAAAACCCACUCGCUAACGCUAUCUGGUUUCCAAUACCAUUCACGUCUACACCGUCAAGAAGAACAAAGCGCAAGUGGAACCUCGUGGCAAGUGCGUGCUCCCUUUUUGGUUCGCUAUCGUCGGUCCACGACUGCGUUGCUGUCUCGGAGUCCCUAAUGGCGGUGAUCAACUUGGUUUUCUCCGUGCGUUCUGGUGACCUUUUAUAUAGACGACAUCCACUCUUUUUCUCGGCAAGCAUUAGCGGACUCGGAUGGUGCAGUGAUCGACCUGGUUCUCGACUUGCUCGGAUGGGCGCAGUCGCUCUCCAAGCUCGAGCGCCAUUCACUAACGCAAAAGACGUUAGUUGUCUUGGGUAUCGCCUAUACGAUUGA